AGUAUAAGUUUAGAUCUCUUCCGACAAACACCUUUCCUAUUCUCUUUACCUUUUCAACAAUGUUUGUACAAGUUUUUAUAAAAAAUAAUCAAGAGUAUCGGCAGGCUGCCUUAAUACGCGUUAAAGAAGACUACAAAAUUGUUGAUAUAAAACUUGUGUUGAAGAAACACACCCAAAUUCCAGUGGAACAUCAAAAGAUUAUGUUUUUCGAUACCAUCCUCAAGGACGAAUACCUCUUGUCGAAGGUGGCGAAGAAAUGUAAAGCCGACCUCUUGGCCUUUCACAAUAAUGCGCUUUUCAGUCGUAUCCAGUUUUUGGAUAGUUUGGAACGCCGCUGCCAGUCAAUGCUGAAGCUAAACGACCAGGAAGUGGACAUGGAGUUGCCCAGUAAGGUUGGGCCGCAGAUCGUCGGUUUGGCCGGUGGGUGCUCAACUGCCAUGAGUUCGGAGCAAAGUACAAGUGGCCUCUCUGAUAUGAGGAGCUCCAUUAUGGCAUCCAUGAGCUCAAGGCCAGCCUGCUAUCGUCGUGGCGACGCGAAUGCCUGCAUAUCCGAGGACACAUGCGAAAUUAAAUGCUGCGAAGGGGAUGAAGAUCGUCCUCCGUACGCUAGGGUAAUGCCCGAAGAUCGUCGAUUUGGUGUAGUAAUCACCCAUGAGGAGUGCCCCCGCGACUGUGAUUUUAAUUGUAUAUUGGAGUUCUUGGCAGAGGCAUUCCAUACUACGCAGGACGUCGCCUCCCUGAGCUUCAGUCAAUGUACUCCGGUUGCUGAGUUCGACUGCUCCUUGCUACUCGUUGCCGAGGACAGUGACUCCAGCGAUUGGCUGCUCCGGGUAGCGCAACCCAUGUGUCCACCAUACAGAUGCACGUCUUUCAUCAGACACUUUGAUCUGGUGCGGUGCACAUUUGUUAUACCAAUGGUCGUGGAGCGGGAGCUCUGCAAAGUGUUUCAGAUAUUUGAAAAUCAAAACUGUGGCCUUGACACCGGAAAAUGGUGCGUGAUGAAGAAGACCCCUUUGGAUCCUUGCUCAGAUACAUAUGCAUCUAAGGUAAUCUUCAAGGAUUCCGUCAACUAUGAGAUCAUGGCUUACAUCGACGCCGAAUCUAAGAGCUACAUUGAGCAUCAUUGCAGCAAGAUAAAGUAUAUAACGUGGCAUCUGCCUGUGGAAUUCACCUACGGCCUAACAUGUUCGAGUACAUAAGACAACCCCGUUAUAUGUAUUCCACUUAUGCGCUGCAAAUAUAAUCAAUAUCGUGUUUUGGUAGAUUUAUAA